AUGCCAUGCCCGCAGGUGAAUGGUGUGUGCAUGGAGGGCAAGCAGCACAGUGAUGUGGUGGCAGCCAUCAAGGCAAGCGGUGAUGAGACCAGGCUGCUGGUGGUGGACGUCCUCACGGAUGAGUUCUUCAAGAAGUGCAAGGUGGUGCCCUCAGAGCAGCACCUGACAGGUCCCUUGCCAGAACCAGUUGCCAAUGGUGAAAUAGGGAAGGAAAACGGUGGAGCGCCACGGUCCAACUCUGUGUCUGAGAGCUCAUCCAGCCCUGUGCCACUGGCUGUGUCCCCCAACUCCAGUGAGACCCACAGCGAGCCCCCCACGCCGGAGGGUGACAAGCGCCAUUCAGCAUCCGACUCCCUCCUGGACCUCGACAUCCCUCUGGCCGUGGCCAAGGAGCGAGCGCACCAGAAACGCACCAGCAAGAGGGCACCCCAGAUGGACUGGAGCAAGAAAAAUGAACUGUUCAGCAACCUGUGA